AUGAAGCUCCGAUCGGGGCGUCGCCUCGGCUCACCAGCGCCGCCGCGAUCGGCCGGCGGAGCGGACCGCAUCAGCACCCUUCCCGACGAUCUGCUCCUCUUGGUCCUCGCCCACCUCCGCUGCGUCCGCGCCGCCGCGCGCGCAAGCGUCCUCUCCCGCCGGUGGCGUGACCUCUGGACCCGCCUCCCCUCCCUCGUCUUCCGUGACGUCGUCUUCCCCUCCGUGGAACCGGUGCUCGCCCGCGUGAUAUCCUCCGCCUCGUCAGUAUCCCUCCUGGACAUCUGCCUCCGAGAGCGACCCUUCUCGGUCCGUGCGGCGGAGCCCUGCGUCAGCGUUGCCUCGCUGCUACGCGCCACCGCGCAGCUCUCACCGGUGCAGCUCAUCCUCGCAAUCCCGGUAUGCGAAGCCAUGUUGUACGAGAGGGUCGAGCUGCCGUGCUUCCAGCGCGCCAAGUCCAUCUCGCUCUCCUCUUCCAUCUCCCUCCAGCCGCCGGCCACCGGUGAAUUAUUCCCCGCGCUCACCACGCUGGUGCUCUCGGGCUGCUCCUCGGACGUGGGCGCCCUGGUGCUCCGCUGCCCACGCCUGCGCGUGCUCAGGUACACCUUGCCCGGCGGCUGGCGGUUUGGCAUCACGGUCAACUCGGCGUCGCUCCGGGAGCUUGUCGUCGAGGACACAGAACAUUGGACAUUUGUAUGUAAGAUCGACCUCGUAGCACCCAUGCUCGAGCAACUAACAUUGUCCUCUCACGUCUCGCCUCGCAUCAGCCUCUCUGUCUUGGCGCCGAUGGCUGGCAAUAUUUCAUGGCACUGCCAUUACAACGUCACGUUAAUGGGGCUCGGUGACUGGAUACUCGAGACACUGAGCUGGCUGUCGACCCUGCUGAGCUGAGGGCGGCGGCAGAGAGACCACGCGACCUCCGGUGCUGCGCAUAGACGCAAGGAAGGAUACGAGCGGUGAUCCGCAUCCAGUAUGGACGCAAGAGCAUUUCACAUGUGAAAUAGAGAAACAUCUGCAGAUGCAUGUUGCCGCGGACUUGUCGGUCUUUGACUUGGAGCUGAAUCUUACAUCUUCCGGUCAUGUUUAUGGAGCAGUAGUGUUUUCCUUACUCAAGAUGCAUAGCGUCCAUACGACCAUACACAGGCUCAAGGUUGCCAUACCAGAA